AUGUCUCACCAAAAUGAUUUCGAAUCAGGUGGCAUAUGGCGAACAUGCAACAAGAUCAGAGCUGCCAUCAUUCGCUUAGGACUAAAUCUAUUCGAAUAUUUUCAGCCACUGGAUCCACAAAGAAAAUGUCUGAUCUCCGAAUCUCAGUUCAUAUCUGUCAUCGACAAACAGCUCAGAAAGAUCACUGGACUCUCAGAGCAAGAAAUCAAAGAAUUGGCUGAUUAUUGCAGAGUUCCAGAUGGAAGGAUAUAUUACACCCAACUAUGUGAAGUUAUACAUGAUAACGUUCCUGACUUCGAUAACAAGGUACACAUGGUGACAAGUUCGAGAAGAGAUCCCUUACACUCAAACAGGCUGAGUGUUAGUGAUGAACGGCGAUUCAGUGUAUUACUGACGAAAAUUGCAUCAUUAGUUAAUAUGAGGAGGCUGAUACUGAGACCAUAUUUUCAAGACUUCCAGCUGGUAUCGAAGAAAAGUGGAAAUGUGACAUUAUCCCACUUUGCUAGGAUCCUAGCACACCUCAACAUUCCUCUCUCAGCUGAAGACUUCAGUCUAUUGGUGAAGAAAUAUGUCAAUGAUAGUUAUACGUUGAAUUACAUGGCAUUUAUUGCAGAGAUCGAUCAAGUGGUUAACUAUUUGGAUCGAAAUGGAAUACUGGAUCUCAGUGGGGAUAUCAUGAUCCUGUUUCCUGGAAGAGUCCCUUAUGCAGAAUUGCCUAAGCUGCCUAGGCCAGAAAUAGGGAACAAAAUGGCGGGCCAACUUUUCGGAAAAGAAAGCACGUUCAAUCCAGCUCUGAUUGAUCCAAAGAAGAUAGAACAUAUUCUUACUACCGUUUCUAUGAUACGAGAUCACGUUCAGAGGAACAGAUUGGAGAUUUGCCGUUUUUUUGAAGAUUUCGAUCCUUUCAACUGUGGCAAAAUAACAGUCUCACAAUUUCAUCGUGGCUUAGACGCGUUGGUCUUGAGUGGGAAACAAAGGUUUUUUCUAUCACUACCAGACGUGGAAGCUGUGAUAAAUCAAUAUAGAGACCCUUGUGAUCCGAGUAGAGUAUGUUGGAGGACAUUCGAAGAUGAUAUGGAUCAAGAGUUCAUCAGGAAGGAACUCGGAAAAAAUCCAAGUCUCAAAGAAAAUCGUCAUCCGGUAGAAGUUAGCGGGUUACUCAGUCCUGGAGCAGACAACUGGCAAGCUUUCAACACAGCAUCAAGAGAUCUAUGUGAAGAGGCCGUUAUGAAGGUCAAGCAGAAAAUACUGCAUAGAAGAAUUUUGCUCAAACCUAUUUUCAGAGAUUCUGAUAAAUUCAAUAACGGCCAUGUUAGUAGUCAUCAGAUGAAACAAGUACUUCAUUCUAAUGGGAUUUUGUUAUCAGAUGAGGAACUUUUAGCUCUAGAAGAACGGUUCAACGAUGAUGUGGGAUUUAAUUAUUUCUGGUUUCUCCAAGACGUAGAUUCAUCUUGUUCAAAGCCAUUUAGAUCUCAAUAUGUUACCGAUAUGAAUGCAGAUAAACCGAUGGAAAAAUCAUCAAGGCAGGAGCAGGAUAUUGUACAAAUAACGGCAAAAAUCAGAGUGAAAGUUAUGAGGGAAAAAAUAGGAGUUAUGGAUUUGCUGAGAGACUUCGACAGAUGCAAUGAACAAGUUAUCAGCAGAGAUGAUUUCAAGAGAGGCUUGUCCGUUUGUAAUUUCGAUUUGACUGACAAGGAAAUGAAGACAUUGAUGGAUGUGUUCGCCUCACCGCUGCGAGAAGAAUGUGUUGACUAUAGAAGAUUUUCCGAAGUUGUUGAGGAAACUUCCAGCCAACAGUGCCUAGAAAGGACUCCUCUGAUUGUUUCCUUUCAGCAUGUGCCAACGAGAGAUUGCGAGAAGAAUUUUCUCAAUUUUGACGAAAGAAUUAUUGUUUCCGUGGCGUUGCAAAAAUUGGCAAAGAAGCCUGAUAUGCACAUGAACCUUUUUUCAGUGUUGCAGGAUUCCGAUGCCAAAAAAUGCGGUACGGUUUCUAGAACUCUAUUUCUGAAUGAGCUCACUCUCAGAGGAAUGACCAACUUGAUAUCUAAAAAUGAAUUCGAUGUCAUCUGUAAAUGUUUCAGCUUCGAAAGGGGCACGGGAGACGAAGUUGAUUAUAGUGCCUUCAAGAAAGCUCUGGAUAUUAUCUACUUAACUGAAAAAUACAAUCCUUUUUGA